GGAUGGUGGCCGAUCCAGAUAACCCCCUGGUACUGGACAUCCUAACCGGAUCCUCCACAUCCUACUCGUUUUUUCCAGAUAAAGCCAUUACACAGUAUCCUCACGCCGUUGGGAAGAACACCCUCCUGAUCGCUGGACUCCAGGCCAGGAAUAACGCCCGCGUCGUCUUUAGCGGCUCCCUGGACUUCUUCAGCGAUGCGUUCUUCAAUUCUGCCGUGCAGAAGGCCGCCCCGGGCUCCACCAGGUAUUCCAAGACCGGGAACUACGAGCUGGCCGUGGCCCUCUCCCGCUGGGUGUUCAAGGAGGAGGGAGUGCUGAGAGUCGGCGCUGUGUCCCAU